UCUAUACGGUACUAUGUUUUCUCACAAGUACCAGCAUCAAUAUAGCUACUAUUUCUCAAGUCAUCAUAAUUAGUCCCUCUUUCUAAUCAACCAUACUACUAUUGAAUUAGUAGUGGUAUAUUGAACACAAACACAAACACACCCUAAUUGUAAGUGUAAGUGUCAUUAACACCAUCACUAUGCCUUCACUUUCAGAAGCUUACCGAGCCCACCCUGUGCAUGUUCAACACAAGCACCCCGACUUAAACUCUCUACAAGAACUUCCCGAGUCCUACGCUUGGACACACACACACAUGGAGGAUCACACUUCUAAUUGUGGUGUGAAUAACGAGAGUGUGCCUAUUAUUGACCUCAAUGACCCAAAUGCUUCCAAGAUGAUAGGCCAUGCAUGCAAGAGUUGGGGAGUGUACCAGGUGGUGAACCAUGGCAUACCCAUGAGGCUCCUCCAUGACAUUCAGAGGGUUGGUGAGACCCUCUUCUCUCUCCCCUCUCACCAAAAGCACAAAGCAGCUCGUUCCCCUGAUGGAAUUUCUGGCUAUGGCCUCGCUCGCAUCUCUUGCUUCUUCCCCAAACUCAUGUGGUCUGAGGGCUUCACCAUUGUUGGAUCCCCUCUUGACCAUUUUCGCCAACUUUGGCCUCAAGAUUAUGACAAAUAUUGUGAUAUUGUCAUGCAAUAUGAUGAAACCAUGAAAAAGUUAGCGGGAAAGUUGAUGUGGCUCAUGUUGGAUUCAUUGGGCAUUGCAAAGGAAGACCUCAAAUGGUUUAGCUCAAAAGGUAAAUUCAAAAAGACAUGCGCUGCCUUGCAAUUGAACUCUUACCCGACUUGUCCGGAUCCGGAUCGGGCCAUGGGUCUGGCUGCCCACACCGACUCCACCCUCCUCACAAUCCUCUACCAAAACAACAUAAGCGGAUUGCAGGUCCACCGGAAGGGCAGCGGGUGGGUGACGGUGCCGCCGCUCUCCGGCGGGCUGGUGGUCAACGUGGGGGACCUCCUCCACAUUUUGUCAAACGGGUUGUACCCGAGCGUGCUCCACCGGGUGAUGGUGAACCGGGUCCAGCAAAGGCUUUCGGUUGCAUAUUUAUGUGGGCCCCCGCCCGAUGUGGAGAUCUGUCCACAUGCAAAGGUAGUGGGCCCAAGUCAGCCUCCUCUUUAUAAGGCAGUGACUUGGCAUGAGUACCUUGGCACAAAAGCAAAGCAUUUCAACAAGGCACUCUCAACCGUUCGGCUUUGUGCACCUAUUAGCGGUUUGUUUGAUGUAAAUAAUAGUGACCAAGUGGGCUAGGUUAUUUUGAUCCUUUUAGAUUCUUCCCUCUUGCAUGGUCUAUUUUGUACCAAACAUGAAAGACCACAUAAAUGAAGACAACCUUUUUUUGCUUA